AUGGGUGUGUGUAGUUCGAAUGUUCGUCAGAGGGUCUAAAAGAAUUCCGAAAUUAGGUAAUUCAGUUAGCAAGACAUUCGUCAUUUUUACAAAAUGGGUUAGGUAAUCGGUCGUGGCAAUUUUGCAACAGUUUAAAUUGGUUAUAAGAUCGAUUAGGAGAAGAAUGGAUUCAAGGGAAAGUGCUAUGCGAUAAAAUGCAUCGAUAAGCAGAGGAUAGGUUUUGAGUAGAUCCAAAGGGAGUUGGAGAUCUUAUCAAGACUUGACCAUCCAAACAUAAUUAGAGUGUUCGAGGAAUAUGAAGAUUUAAAUCACUUUUACUUUGUGAUGGAGUACUGUAGGGGUGGAGAACUUUUGUAAUAGAUCUUAAAACAUGGAGCCUAGACUGAAAGAAUGACGUAAAUAAUCAUGAGGUAAUUGUUUUCUGCUGUGGGGUAUCUCCAUGAGAGAGGAAUAAUUCACAGAGACUUAAAGCCUGAGAAUUUGAUGCUGGCAAAUGCUGAUGGAGAUUUUGAUAUAAGAAUAAUUGACUUUGGAUUGAGUAAGCGUGAACAGGUUAUAAAAAAGCCAUAACAACAGAGAUCCAAGUGCAGACAUUAAACCAAAGUUGGAACUCCAAUUUAUGUGGCUCCAGAAGUGUUAAAGGGAGUGUACUCAGAAACAUGUGAUGAAUGGUCUUUAGGUUGCAUUAUGUAUGUACUACUAUUCGGAGAGCCACCAUUUAGUGGAUAGAAUAUCCAUUAAUUGGAAUAAUAAAUAAAUAAACCUAAUCUCAGCUUCAGAUUAAGUAUUUCUGCAGAGUGCUAGGAUCUAAUUACUAAAUUAUUGGAACCUAAUCCAAAUAAGAGAAUAACAUGUUUAUAAGCACUCAAACAUCAGUGGAUGAUACGUGAUUAGAAUCAGUACAGACUUUUGACAACAAUGCAAAGUGAAGAUAAUAGUUUAGAGAUAGAGAGAAUUAUUGAAUUGUUGAGACAAUAUAGUGAGAGUACUUAAUUUAAGAAGGAGGCAUUGAAAAUUCUAUUAUCACAACUAACCGAUUUGUAAUAGAAGUACUUGAAAAUGAAGUUUGAAGAAUUGGACAGGGAUAAUAGUGGAACUAUUAACGAAAUUGAAUUUCAGGAAUAUUUGGAGUAACAAGGCAAGAGUAAAUUAUUAAAGUAAUUACCGAUCGAGAAGUUUAGUAAAGAUGAUUAAGGGUUCUACAUUUCAUAUACAGAUUUUAUGGCUGCUCUACUGAACCAACCACAUUAUUUAACUUAAGAUAGAUUGGACGAUCUAUUCAUUUGGUAUGAUAUUAAGCAUAGACAAUAUAUAUCGAAACAUGAUUACGGGAUUUCAAUGAGCAGGAGAGGAGUAGUGAUUAGUCAGGAGAAGAUAAAUGGGAUAUUUUAGGAAUUGAAUUUGGGAUUGAUUAAAUAUGAUCAAUUUAAACAUAUCAUGACCUUCAAUUCUACUAAGUAGAGGAAUCGAGGCAUGGGGGACAACAAAUAAAAGAAUGGAUUAAAAUUUGUGAAGAUGGUACCAUGUGUUGGAGAUGAUUGUAAAUUUUUAUGA